AUGUAUUUUCAAGAAAAUUAUGAUGACAUAGUCGCAAUAAACUUUGAAAUUAAUAUGAUAGACGAAGAAAUGUUACGAAUAAAAUGGGAGGAAAUGGAAUUAUGUAAAACCAUAAAAGAAGUUCGAUUAACAAAACGCAAUUUUGAUAUAGAACAAGAACUAUUUGAUUUAAUGUACAAAACUUCGCCCGAUUUCGAUCUUACUGAAUUAGAUGAAAUUGCAGACAACAUAAAUUCGUCAGACGAAACAUUACAAUUAAUAGGAAUUCAAACGUACAGAAAAUUAGGUCGACAAAGGAAAACUGUGAAUAAUAUGCUAUUUGGUGACAUUUUAUCACGCUGCAUUGAAUUUUUAGACAGCGACAACAUCUGCCUGCAAUGUGAAGUAAUAUCUUUAUUAACUGUUAUUACUUUGAAUGGAUCCGAAGAAUCGAAGAAUCGUAAAAAAUAUGAAGCAAUACCAAAAUUAUUGAAGCUACUUAAGUCUGCAUCUUCAAUUGUCGAACAAAUAGUUUAUGUGUUAGGAAAUAUAAUUGAUAUUCCCUAUGCACGUGAUCUUGCUCUUGAAUAUGAUGCUAUAUCUCUUGUAGUUGAUUUAAUUAAACCUGAUACUUCAGUGACAUUCAUGGACAACAUUUCAUGGCUUUUAUCCAAUUUAUGUCAAAGGAGUCCACCUCUAAGUCUUGAAUUGAUUAGACCUGUUCUGCCAGUUUUUGAUCGUCUGUUAAGUAGUGAAAAUAACAACAUAAUUUCCGAUACCUGCCGGAUACUUUAUUAUCUUACUAAUGGAGUUAACAAUAAUAUACAAGCGAUAAUGGAAACUGGCAUUUUACCAAAAAUUUUAAAUUGUUUGAUAUCGAAAAUGAAAAGUAUCUUAAUCCCAGCAUGGCUCACCGUAAGAAAUAUAGCGGUAAUGGGUGAUAAUACUCAGAGGGAUGCUAUCAUCUUAGCGGGAGGAUUGUCACGUCUUCGUUCUUUGUAUUGGUAUUAUGGUGAUAAGAAAAAUAUUAUUGCAGAGCAAAUUAUGUGGUUAAUUUGUAAAAUGGCACGCGAUACGGACCAAAUCCAAAGUGUAAUAGAUGCUGGACUGUUAUUAACACUGAUAAACGAAAUUCUAUUUGGAGAAACAAAAGUAAUAGCCAUAUGGGCUGUAACUACUAUGAUGACGAGAGCAACAGAUCAACAGUUUACUCAGUUUAUAAAUGCUGGUAUAGUACCAGCUCUUUGUAAUUUACUUCCCUCAAACGAUCAAACCAAUAUUACUGUUUUAACUGGUCUGACUAAAAUCUUGCAUGCUGCAGAGAAAAGAAAACUACUAAAAAACUUUGUCAUUAUGAUAAAAACAAUUGGAGGAUUAGAUAAAAUAGAAACUCUUCAACAUCAUAAGAAUGAGAAAGUUUAUAAAAAAUCUUUGAACAUAAUAGAUACUUUUUUUUCCAGAAAGACAAAGCCAAAAUUUCCAAAUUUAAUGACAGAAGCCGUUGUUCCAUCUUUUCUUUCUGAUGGAACUAUGCAAAGCCAGACACAAUCUUCAGACAAAGUACAAAUACUGGCAAUUCAUAUUUAUAGCGAAUUAUUUAAUUUAAAAAAAAAUCUUUCUGCAAGUGAUACCUUAGAAGAUGACGUAUUACCAUGCUGUAUUGAGCUCUUAGAUAGCGACAAUUUUGUCGUGCAAUUUGAAUUAAUAACGUUGUUAACUGCUGUAACUUCGGAUACAUUUUCCAAAGAAGCGCAGUAUGUUAUAAAAAAUGGAUUAAUAUCAAAAUUAGUAAAGCUACUUCAAUCUGCAUCACCUAAAAUUGUGGAAAAAGCAAUGCAUUCUUUAGGAAUUAUAAUCAAAGAUAGACCAUAUGCACGUGAUCUUGCCCUUGAAGAAAAUGCUCUACUUUCUUUGGUCAACUUAAUUAAACCUGAUACUUCAACAGGAUCUAUAUACAACAUUGUAAGGACUUUAACUUAUUUAUGUAAAAGAUCGAACUCGGCUUUAUCUCUUGACCGGAUUAGGCCUAUUCUACCAGUAUUUAAACGCCUGUUUAAUAAUCAAAACAUUGGUGAAGAAUUACGUUCCAAUAUUUGCAAGAUGCUCUCUUAUAUUACCUAUGGAUCCAACCAUAACGUACGAGCAGUAUUGGAAACUGGCAUUCUAUUGAAAAUUGUAUACUGUCUGACGUUGAAAGAGAAAAGUAUUCUUAUCCCAGCAUUGCAAACAAUUAAAAAUAUAGUAGCGAUAGAUGAGGCGGCUGAAUCGGAAGCUUCAAUUGUAGCGAAUUAUUUGCCGAUUUUUUAUUCCUUGUUGCAAAAUCAUUUGGACGAAGAUAUUAUACAGGAAAUUAUUUUGAUUAUUUUUGAAAUGGUUACUAACAUGGACCAAAUUCAAAAUGUGUUAGAUGCUAAUCUGUUACCAUCAUUGAUGAAAAUAUUUGUUGUGUUUGUAAGUAUGUUUAAGUAAAUCCGAAAAAAUCAAUGGCUGUUAAAAGAUUUAUUCUCGCGUGCAACAAAACAAUAUCUGACCGUCGUAUUAAUAAAUGUUGAGAUAUUAUCAGAUUUUUCUACGCUAUUGAAUGCGAAAGAUUUUGACAAUAUUAUUAAUGCUUUAGAUGGUCUAAAUAAUAUCUGCGAUGUUGCAGAGAAAGUAGGAGAAAGAGAAAAACUUGUCACUAUAAUGAAAAAAGUUGAAAUAUUAGAUAAACUGAAAGUUCUUCAAUAUCAUAGAUAUGAAAUAAUUUAUGAAAAAUCUAUGGUUAUACUUAGCUCGUGGUUUUCUUAA